AUGCAAACAAGUAACCAAAAGCCUAAAACAAAUCUUAUCUCCGCUCCCCCAUCGAUCGCACUCUCUAGCCUCAACACACCGUACACCGAUAGUGUCGAUUCUCGCCCGGAACUGGUGUAUACUUUCAUUGAGCAGGCUGUCCAGCCGGGGGCGCAGGUGGCCUUGAAAUGUUCCGCUGUGGGCGAGCCACCGCCGCGGUUUAGAUGGACUUUAGAUGGCCAGCCUAUACCGUCACAUCACGGGGCUAUAAUAACGGAGGGGCGGGAGAGCGGUCCCUCAGGGCUCGGUACCAGCAGUAACUAUGUGCUGUCUACCCUGUCAUUGAGUAGUGCGCGGGUGGAACAUGGAGGUCGGUACGAGUGUCGGGCGACAAACAAUCAUGGCUCUCUGGCUCAUGCUGCCCGCCUGAAUGUAUACGGGUCGCCUUACAUCAGAGCUAUGAAUCCAGUGAAGGCCGUCGCCGGGGCUGAAGUGACUGUUUGGUGCCCUUACUACGGAUUCCCAAUUGAUUCCGUUAAGUGGGAGGGAGGAGCUGGUGCAGAUCCUCGGUAUCAGCAGAUGGAUGGUCAAUUGACAAUAACCAACGUCGAUAGAAAUCGAGACAAAGGAGGUUGGACUUGCUCUGUAUUAACUCCUGGGGGAGAACUCGCUAGGAGAGAGGUUCAAAUGACAGUAGUUUCUCCACCAGUUUUAUCGCCUAUUGUGUUUCCACCUGGACUGAGGGCUGGUGACCGCUCGCAGCUGACAUGUACUGUUACGUCCGGAGAUAUGCCAGUUUACUUCUCCUGGCUUAAGGAUCAAAUGCCUAUAUCAAGUGCUCUUCAGGUCGAUGAGCGUGGAGCAGAAUUUUACAGUAUGCUUCUAUUUAAAAGCCUAACUGCAGCUCAUAGUGGCAUUUAUACGUGCGUUGUCACUAACACUGCUGGCAAAGCUAAUAUGUCAGCAGAACUGGCAAUUAAAGUUCCACCAUUUUGGCAAAUUGAGCCCACAGAUACUGCAGUUUUACUCAACGGAUCGCUAACAGUUAGUUGUGAAGCCAAAGGUCAUCCUCCUCCUUCAAUAUAUUGGACAAAAUUCGCUGGUAGCACAGAAACAACUUUAGGAGGUGUAUCAGAUCCAGUAGUACUUACAAAUGGAUCUUUGAGAUUAGAAUCGGCACGGGCAGAACAUUCUGGCAAAUAUCGAUGUAGAGCCGAUAACGGUGUUUCACCAGCUUUGUCUAAAACUCUUAUCAUACAUGUAAAUGAACCUGCCCGAUUUGAAAUGCAAUCUGCAAAUGUGACAGCAAAACUAGGAGAAACUGUGAGAUUGGCAUGUGUUGCUCGCGGUGAUAGCCCUCUUUCCACAGCUUGGAGUCAUUCUGGACGAGCCUUGCCUAACUCUGAUUAUAGAAUGAGCAUAUCAGAAACAAGAAGUGCAGAGGGCUUAAGAAGUGAAUUAGUAGUAGAAAGAGCUGAUAGAAGAGAUUCCGGUGUCUAUCGUUGUCAAGCAUCAAAUCCUUAUGGUCGUUCAGAUCAUUUUGUACACUUAGCUGUUCAAGAGCCACCUGAACCGCCAGCCAAUUUCAGAGUCCUGGAUACUUCUUCUCGAUCAGUUCGCUUACAAUGGAGAAGACCAUAUGACGGUAAUUCGCCAGUAUUAGGCUAUGUAGUCCAAUACCGUAAACAUGAUUCCACUAAUACAGACUCCUGGCGCGAUGCCGACACUCAUAACGUUUCUGUAUCAGCUCAUACUAUGGAUUCUUAUUCAGAGACAGAAAGUGCAACAAUAACAGGCUUGGAACCGGCCACAGCAUAUUUAGUAAGGGCUCGAACAGUAACUGCCCAAUUUGCAUCCGCACACACAAGGGCCUUACUGGCUUUAACUUUGCAUGAGCCGCCUUCGAGAGCGCCCAUUAGUCUUCGUGCGUCUGCUCCAAGAUCUUCUACUAUUGAACUAAGUUGGCAGGCCCCUCCUUCAUCGUCGUGGAAUGGUGAACUAUUAGGAUAUACAGUUUGGUGGUGGCCGUCAGCAGAUGGAUCUUUGGCGGGAGGUGCAAAUGUUGGAAUGGAAUUUGCAACAGUCAGAGGACAAAUAACAAAGUACAUAAUUGAAGGUCUGGAACAUUAUACCCGUUGUUUGUCGGCAGCGACUGAGUGGUUGGAGUGGGAGGUUCGGGGUAACUCUGGCUCCAAUGUAGGAGCGGGAGCGGGUGCUGAAGUGAAGCGGGUUGCAGGUGUAGAAACGCUUUUACUAGCUCUACGACCACAUACAAACUACACCGUUCAGGCCUUGGCUUACACAACAGCGGGGGAUGGAGUUCCAGCUGAGCCUAUACAUUGUACUACACAACAAGAUGUACCUGGAUCACCUGCAGCUGUCAAAGUAGUAGCAACAUCGGUAACAUCUUUAGCAGUUAGUUGGCUGCCACCAAGUCGACCUAAUGGACCUAUUCUUUAUUACACGGUUUUUUAUCGGGAACUUGGAAGGGAUAGGCCACCUCAAACGACAACUGUCCAAGUAGAAGAUGGUGACCACUUUGUAGGCUUAGGAGGAUCUACAGAGCUUAAAUCCUUAUCAGAAGGUGCUACUUAUGAAGCCUGGGUAGCAGCACAUUCAGUGACUGGAGAAGGAGAACCUUCUGCACCACAGCCUGCUUCAACUAGUUCAAGAGAAGUGGAUGCCUCAACAAGCGGAAAUUACACAUGUUCAGCACGUAACACAUUUGGUUCAGAAGAAGUGACUUAUCGUGUAGAAUGUGCAUCACCGCCAGCCGCUCCAUCCCUCAAUUUAGAUCACGUGGCGCAUACUGACGCACGACUCACUUGGCGGACUACACAUCAUCCAGCAGCGCCACCGCAUGGGUUCACUAUUUGGUGGGUCCGCAUCCGGGAUGACACGGGCGAUGGUUUAGAUCCAGUCAGUCGUACUGAAGAGGAACGAAGACUAGAGACUGGUGGAGAAGCCGCUAGCGUCAUCCUUAGGGCACUAUCCUGCGGGGCCACUUACUCUGUGCGAGCUGUGGCCCAUUCAAGAGCUGGACCCUCUCCACCAUCUGCACCGUUGCUGGUAAAAACGAAGCCACCAGUGUUAGUUUGGGAAGGCGGAGGGGAAGACCGUCUGGACGAAGGCGCUGAAGCCGCUGUAUGGAGCAACAGUAGUGCUUUAGCUUUAGACGCGAGACGUGCUGUACGAUGCAGCGCUCGUCUUGUGAGAUUGCAGUGGAGGAGAGCUGAUACAUCAGGAGUUCCGGCGUGGAGAGAUGCGGAUCUUACAUCGUUGCAUCACCAUCGAGAGGUGGUGAUCGGUGGUCUUACCGCGGGUGCUUGGUAUGCUCUACGCUUGUGGACAGCCACGGAGUCAGCCCGACAUCAAGCUGUUAUUUACGCUGCUACUACGACGCAUUCUGGAGAGCGUCUUCGUCGUCCAGUGGCUUUUCAAUCAGAAGGCAGUCCAAUAACUACAACGAGUGGGAAUGCAGACACUGAACGAGUGCUGGGCGCAGUAUCUUUGGCUUUUGCAGCGCUUGCAGCACUUGCUGUUACCGCACUCCUUCUCGUCCUUGUCGCUAAGCGAAGUACGCUUGCGCCUUGCGGUGGUCAGUCAGAUGAAGAGGUGCGUCGCUGCAGCCACUCAGUAGCCAGCACCGAUAAGUCGGUGUGUCCGGAACAACAGAACAUCAGGAACUGUCAACACGAUUACAAACACGACAAACUGUCACCGGCUUCUGAUGUGUACGAAAUAAGUCCGUACGCAACGUUCGCUGUCGGAGGCGAGACGGCUGCUGCAACAUUAGACCACACACUACAGUUCCGCACAUUCGGCCAUCGUGACAAUGACGCACUUCCGCAUCGACCCUGCCGAAAGCACCCGCAGAGGCAUCGGGAAAGAGCUGAAGUGGAGAAACACCACUCGGAGUGCGAACUGCAGCAGCUGAGCCGCUACGAGAAGGUACGCCCGCGGCACUGCGCCGCUACUUCGUACUGCGUGCCCCUACCACAUCAUGGCUCAAGCGGCGGAGGUAGCGCAGGUGGGUGCGGCAGCGCAGGCGGUUUGUCAGAAGUGUAUGCGGGUGACUCAAGCGCUGAGUCCGGUCCCGGCUCGCUGUCGCCGCGAACUCAUCACGAACACAGCUAG